AUGUUUGCUGAUAUCUCCACUAUUCUGAGUACUUUGAAACAGGAAGUAGACCCACAACUUUCGUACCUUUUUGACGAAUUUGAGAGUUUAUACGAUUCAAAACUAUGGCAUCAGCUUACAGAGAAGCUUGAGCUAUUCUUCCAGGAUGAAAGAACCGGACCACUGAGACUAAGAGUAUACGAUGCGUUUGUUUUGAAAUUCCAAGACAAGAUCAGUCAAUUGAGUGUUGUGAGUUUUCUACUGAGCUCUCUCAAGGCUGAGAACGAUCCAGAAGCUGCCCUGGGAUAUCUAGAAGAUUUGCGCAAAAGCUUCAAGGAAAUUGACGCGAAGAAACAGAGAAAUGAUGGGCUAAAAUCACAUUUCGAUGGUGUUCUGCUGAUAGACAUCGAAAUUGCAAGAUUCCAUCUCACUAAAGGAGAUUUGGUGAAGUCCAGGGACUCAUUGGACGCAAUUGAAGCGACCAUUGAGCUGCAAGACGUGAUGCCAUUAGAAGUCACCAGUGCAUUCUACUCUGCAAGCUCGGAAUAUUAUCAGGCCAAAAGGGAUUUCAAUUCAUUCUACUACACAAGUCUGCUGUACUUAUCAACUGCUGAAGCGUCUCGUUCUGUUCCAGAAUUCUCUUUUUUGAGACGCCAACAACUUGCGUAUGAUCUUUCCAUUGCAGCGUUACUAGGUGACAAAAUUUACAAUUUCGGAGAACUACUGCAUCAUCCUAUAAUGGAAAGCAUCUCAUCUGAUCCACAAUACGAGUGGCUAUUCCAAUUUCUCAACACGUUAUCAAGCGGUGAUUUCGAUCAAUUUGACAAAAUAUCCAGGCAGCGAGUUUCCCAAGUUCCAAUUCUUUCCACGCACGAGUCUUUCUUAAGACAAAAAAUAUGCUUAAUGACAUUGGUGGAAAGCGUUUUUGUCAAAAAUAUCAGAACUCUGUCAUUCCAAGAUAUCGCCUCCGCUACACACCUCCCCAAGGAUAACGUAGAACAUCUCGUUAUGAGAAGUAUUAGUCUGGGGCUGCUCAAGGGAUCUAUCGACCAAGUUCAAGAACUGGUGACUGUUACGUGGGUGCAACCGCGGAUUAUUAAUGCUGACCAGAUCAACAAAAUGAAGCAGAGACUAGUUGAAUGGAAUAGCGAAGUUAGCAAUCUCGGGCGCAAAAUCGAAGCCCGUGGUAAAAGCAUUUGGGUUUAA